GGAGCUACAGGUUGGUAGGGAUGGAAGCUCCUUGUGUGGAAUGGCCUUCUGGAGCCACCGCCUCUGUCUGAGUCUUGUUCUACAUUCUAGGAUGCCCCACAGAUCUCUGAGCAACGCUGCUCUCUGCCUGCUUGGCAUGCAAGUGAGAUAAUCGUUAUCUGCCACUGUCUGUGGCGCAUCUCACUCUGAAGGACCAGGUGGGAGGAAAGAUGCACCACCCCAAGGAUCCUUCCCCCUUCCUCUAAACAAAGCACCAGGCCUGGCCCAGUGCCAGAGGCAGGAUACAGGAAUGGCUGGACCAGGGCACCAGCUAGCAUCUGCCGUGGUGAGGAUGUUUCACCAACCAGCUGCCCUCGCGCCUGCUGUAAUUAUCUCUUCCUGAGGCACCAGCCGACUCAUGCAUGGAGGAAAAGUCUCUCUUGAUUCUGCCUCCUUCCAGGGCAGAGGCCAACAGGCCAGAUCCCAGCCCUGGGUUUUGUCUGCAACUGCAAUCCGUGUUUCCCUUAAUCAAGCAGCGCUCGUGGGCAGGAGGGGUUGGGCCGAGUGGCUGCAAUUCAUCCCCCCAGCCACACUCAAACUCUUCCCUUGCCAUGUAAGAAAAGAUCCCCCCAUGCAGAGCGCUCUGCAUCUGGGGCCAGCAGAAAAGAGACAAGGAAGGUAGCCUGAGGUUGGGGGAGGCAGAGUCUGACCCGCUCGCUGGUUCCAGUGGGUCUGGCUGUUGGGUGGCUGCAUGACCCAGGAAUUCAGGGAGUGCCGGCUGGAGGCACCAGAGCCGAGUCUCCCCUGCACAUCCUGCAACAUCCAGCAGGGAGGGAACCUUAAUGGAGAGGAAGGAUUGCCCAGUGGUUAGCAUACGGGCUUGGGAAGCCGCACUCGGGGUUUCUAUUCUUGGCUGUAGGAGGGACCUGUCAGAGCAAGGGAACAGAGAAACAGGACUCCUGGGUUCUAUUCCCACCUCUGCCACUGUGUGACCUUGGGUGAAUCAAUUCCCUGCUCUGUAGCUCAGUUUCCCCCUCUAUCAAUACAGUGAUGCGUGCCUGCCAGGAGAGCUGGUGCCUCCACUGGUUGCUGCUCUGCACCCCAGAGGUGGCUGAAUUUUGGUCUGGGAAGCGUGUUGGGAUCCUAGAAGGGAAGAGAUCAGUGUAAAAUGUGGUUUAUUUUCCCAUCCUUUGGGAUGCAAAGUCUGAACCCAGGAACUGAGGCUGGACUCUCCCUCCCCUCCCCUUCUCAGGAGCACACAGGAUUGCUGUAGAAACUACUGAAUGAAGUCGGGUGGCAGUGCACAGAUGGGGGGUUCUCAGCCACAAGUCACUGUACAGGCCAGUCACCCCACAGGAGAGCGACCGACGCUUCCUGCCCUGCUCAGCACCACAGACUGACCCACCUGGGCCACCUGCUCAGCCUGGGGUCUCAGCUUUUAAUUCAUCCCAACACUUCAAACCAAAGAAUCUGACACUGGCUAGAGCUAGGGGCUGUACGUGUGUCCACCAGCCAGCUCUGCUGCUGCCCUUCGAUCCUGACCCACGAUCCCCGCCACUGUCCCAGCCCUGGGCAUCGCCAGGCUCUGUCGGUGCCCCCAAUCCCAAUUCACAGCCUCCUGCUAUUCCAGCCCAGAGCUCCACCCAUUAUUCCAGUUGUAGCAUCCCCCUGCACUCCCAGCUGUCAGUAAGGGAGGGACCAUGGAGACUCAGCCCUUGGCUCCCCACAGCCUAGGGGCAGCCAGCCCCCUCCCUUUUAGACCCACCCCAGAACAAGCCCCAGUUGAAGGGUUCCCUCCAGGCGUAAGCAGUGGAGGCAGCUUUUCCAGGCUCAAGGCAGGUUCUCCUCCCGCUUCAUCCCAAGGAUUUUAACCUUUUCCUCUCCCUGCUGGCCUGGGGCGUGCACAUCUCACUGCGACCCUAUCUUUGGGGAGUGCAGAGCCCCCCAGGACCCAGUCCAGGGCCCUCUCCAGCAUGUGACAAUUCUAUAAUGGUCCGUGGGCCGUGACCUGCAGAAACCAGAGGCAGGAGCUUUUUUGGUGAAGGAAGCCCACACGUAGUAAUUAAAGUGACACAGGCAGUGACCUGGCUGCUGGCUGCCAGCACACGGCAGCAGCAGCUGCAGGCGGCAGGUCACGGCACCGUGACCAUGGACCCCUCAGUGACCAAAGCCACCCUGAAGGUGCUGGGGCUGUGCGUGGUCCUGCUUUUCCUGGUCGCCGCGGUGACGGUCUCCGUGGCGGUGAUGAUGUGGCACUCGGAGGCAGUACGGAUGCUGCAGGGAUGCCGGGAGCAGGCAGCCAAUGAGACCUCAGCCCUGGGGGGCCGCGUGGCCGAGCUAGAGCGGGAUGUGGCCGAGCUCACUGGGCGGCUGCAGAAGGACGCCCAGAAGGAGAAGCAGCUUCAGAGGCAGCUGGGCCAGGCCAAGGAUGAGGGCAGGAAGCUCAAAGCCACCUUGCUGUCCUGCCAGGAGCGUGAGAGCACGCUCUCCGCCAACAUGACAGCCCUGCGGAACAUGCUUGCAGCCAUUCAGCUGGAGGGCACCGAGAUGGACACCAGAAACAUCGCCUUGCAAGCGGAGCUGACCCAGUGGCAGGGGAAAGCCACAGAGCAGGAGCUGCGGCUGGAGGAGGCCCUGCAGCAGCACCAGGCGUCGCAGGCGCGGAGGGAGCAGUGCGAGGCCCGGCAGAGUGAGCUCCAGCGCAGCAUGCGGGACUACAGGGCCGAAAUCGAGUCCCUCCAGCGGCAGCUGAGCUCCCGAGCCACCAGGCGCAGGUGCCCCCCAUUCUGAUAUUUUGUUUGGAUGAUGGCAAGCACUUCUUGCUUUAUUUUCUUGCUCGAAGGGUUGAAAUCUUACAUCUGAAGCAUCUAGGGGAAGCCAGGCUUAAAGGAGAUGACAGGGCUCGUGAGCAACCAUUUCUGAUUCCCCCCUCCCCCUUACAGAGCAGGGCACUCUGCAGCUCCACACCAGGGACAGCUGCAAUUAUCCAAAAACAGCUGCACCACGGAACGGCUGCCCCGCUCCAGAAGCCAGCAGCCUCUUUCUGCAACAGUAACAGCCAUAAACUAAUUGAAAAGAUACCGAGUCCGCUGGAUCCUACUAGGCUGAGGCACCCCAAAGGAUGCUGGGAAAUCUGUCAUUGUACCCUGCCACAUGGACCUCUCUCUCUCUCUCUCUCUCUCUCUCUCUCUGUCCUGGCUCCAUUCUGUCUCCUUCUCCCUGCUCCUCCCUUCCCUCCUUCGGGACAUGCUUCUGCCUGGAGUCUACUGAGCUCUGCACAGCACGUGCCUGCAUCUAA